GUUGUGUCUGCCAAGGUCAUUCGGAAUAAGCAAACUGGUCAGUCUGAGGGAUAUGGAUUUGUAGAGUUCUACUCUCGUGCGACGGCUGAGAAAGUCUUGCAGAACUAUAAUGGUACCAUGAUGCCAAACACGGAUCAGGCAUUUCGUCUGAAUUGGGCCACAUUCAGUGCUGGCGAUAGGCGUUCUUCUGAUGCUACUUCUGAUCUCUCUAUAUUUGUGGGGGACUUGGCCAUUGAUGUUACUGAUGCUAUGUUACAAGAGACUUUUGCUAGCAGAUUUUCGUCUAUCAAGGGAGCAAAAGUUGUUAUUGAUUCUAAUACUGGCCGUUCAAAAGGCUAUGGUUUUGUUAGGUUUGGGGAUGAAAAUGAGAGAACAAGAGCAAUGACUGAAAUGAAUGGCGUUUAUUGUUCUAGUAGGCCCAUGAGAAUAGGUGUUGCAACUCCCAAGAAAACUUACGGUUAUCAGCAACAAUAUUCUUCUCAAGGUGGACACUCGGCUAAUGGUGCUGUGGCCCAAGGUUCUCAAGAAGGGGAUUCAAACAACACUACUAUAUUUGUUGGAGGGCUUGAUUCUGAUAUCAGUGACGAGGAUCUCAGACAACCAUUUUUGCAAUUUGGAGAGGUUGUCUCUGUGAAAAUUCCAGUGGGGAAAGGUUGUGGAUUUGUUCAAUUUGUGGACAGAAAGAAUGCCGAGGAAGCAAUUCAGGCAUUGAAUGGGACAGUAAUUGGGAAGCAGACAGUGCGCCUUUCUUGGGGUCGCAGUCCAGGAAAUAAGCAUUGGAGAAGUGAUCCCAAUGGAGGCCAUUAUGGUGGUGGUCAGGGUUAUGGAGGCCAUGGAUUUGCUGUGAGACAGAAUCAGGAUAUAGCCAUGCAACCUGCUGCCGCUGCAAUUCAAGGGGCUUCCUGA